AUGUCCCUUCAGCCAUGGAUUCUGACCUACUUUUGCCUGCUCACCUCUGGAACCAGUGGGUCCUUCUUCAAAGCAAAUUAUUCCAGAAGCUAUCCCUGUGAUGAGAAAAGACAUAAGGCCCUUGUGAUUGCAGAAUGCAAUGAACGUCGACUACAAGAAGUUCCCCAAACUAUAGGCAAAUACGUGACAGAAAUAGACUUGUCUGACAAUUUCAUCACGCACAUAACAAGCGAGUCCUUUCAAGAGCUGCAAAACCUCACUAAAAUAAAUCUGAACCGCAAUGCCAAUCAACAGCACCCAAAUGAAAAUAAAAAUGGUAUGAAUAUUACAGAUGGGGCAUUCCUUAACCUAAGUAAUCUAAAGGUGUUACUGCUUGAAGACAACCAGUUAGAUGCUAUGCCUGCUGGCCUGCCUGAGUCUUUGACAGAACUUAGCCUGAUUCAAAACAAUAUAAUUAUGGUAACUAAAAACAACACUCUGGGGCUUAGGAACUUGGAAAGACUCUAUUUGGGUUGGAACUGCUAUUUUUAUUGUAAUCAAAACUUUAUUGUGGAAGAUGGGGCAUUUCAAAACCUUACACACUUGAAAGAGCUCUCAUUAUCUUUCAACAGUCUUGUUCACGUGCCUCCCAAACUACCAAGCUCCCUAACAAAACUUUUUCUGAGCAAUGCCAAGAUCAUGAAUAUAACUGAGGAAGACUUCAAGGGACUGGAACAAUUAAUAGUACUAGAUUUGAGUGGAAACUGUCCGAUGUGUUUCAAUGCCCCAUUUAAUUGUACACCUUGCAGGAUAAACUCGUCCCUCAACAUACAUCGUCUUGCUUUUCGAAGUCUCACCCAACUUCGCUAUCUAAACCUCUCCAGCACUUCCCUCCAGUCGAUUCCUUCCACCUGGUUCGACAAUCUGACAAAUCUGAAGGAACUCUAUCUUGAAUUCAACUAUUUAGUGCAAGAAAUUGCCUCAGGGGAAUUCUUAACAAAACUACCCAGUUUACAAAUCCUUGAUCUGUCUUUCAACUUUCAACAUGAAAAACAUUUACAGUCUAUUACUAUUUCCCCAAACUUCUCUAUGCUUCAUUCUCUCAAGAAAUUGCACUUAAAGGGCUUUGUGUUCCGAGAACUUAAACGGGAACAUUUCAAGCCCCUCCAGAGUCUUCCAAACUUAACGACUAUCAACUUGGGCAUUAACUUUAUUACAAAAAUUGAUUUUAAAGUUUUCCAAGAUUUUCGCAACCUGAAAGUUAUUUACUUGUCAGGAAACCGUAUAUCACCUCCAGCAGAUUGUACAAACAGCAUCUCUUUGCCAAAUCAUAUUCUUAAACCUCGCUCAACAGUCCCUGAGUUUGAUCCACACUCGAAUUUUUAUCAUAGCACCAAACCUUUAAUAAAAAAGCAGUGUACUAAUUAUGGAAAGGCCUUGGAUUUAAGUUUGAACAAUAUUUUCUUUAUUGGGAAAAAUCAGUUUGAAGGUUUUCAGGACAUUGCCUGCUUAAAUCUGUCCUUCAAUGCCAACAAUCAAGUGUUGAAUGGCACAGAAUUCUCAGCCAUGCCCCACAUCAAAUAUUUGGAUUUAUCCAACAACAGAUUAGACUUUGAUGAUAACAAGGCUUUCAGUGAACUUCACAACCUAGAAGUGCUUGACCUGAGUCACAAUGCACACUAUUUCAGUAUUGCAGGGGUAACACACCGUCUAGGAUUUAUCCAGAACUUAAUAAGCCUCAAGGUGUUAAACCUGAGCUACAAUGGCAUUUACACCCUCACAGAGGACAAAGAGCUGAAAAGCAUGUCCCUGAAUGAAUUGGUUUUUAGCGGAAACCGCCUUGACCUUUUGUGGAAUGCAGAUGAUAACAGCUACUGGACCAUUUUCAGAAAUCUCCACAAUCUGACACACCUGGACUUAUCUUACAAUAACCUUCAACAAAUCCCAAAUGAAGCAUUCCUCAGCUUGCCCCAGAGCCUCAAAGAGUUACGUAUCAAUGGUAACAAGCUACGUUUCUUUAACUGGACAUCACUCCAGCAUUUUCCUCAGCUCUAUUUGCUGGACUUGCGGAGAAACAAGCUGUAUUUUCUAAGCAAUUGCCUAUCUAAGUUUACACAUUCCCUGCAGACACUGCUGCUGAGUAACAAUAAGUUCUCUCACCUGCCCUCUGGCUUCCUCGCUGAAGCCAGUAGUCUGGUGCACCUGGAUCUAAGUUUCAACAUGAUAAAGAUGAUCAAUAAGUCCUCCCUGCAAACUAAGACUAAAACAAACUUGUCUGUUCUAGAACUAAGUGGGAACCAUUUUGACUGCACAUGUGACAUAAGUGAUUUUCGAAUCUGGAUAGAUGAUGAAAAUGUGCAUACCACAAUUCCUAGACUGGUAGAUGUUAUUUGUUCCAGUCCUGGGGAUCAAAAAGGGAAGAGUAUCAUGAGUCUAGAGCUCAUGACUUGUCUUUCAGAUACCACUGCAGCAAUCCUGUUUUCCCUCACAUUCCUUAUCACCUCUAUGGUUAUGUUGACUGCCUUGGUUCAUCGUCUGUUUUACUGGGAUGUUUGGUUUAUCUAUCACAUGUGUUCAGCGAAGCUAAGAGGCUACAGGUCUUUGGCCACAUCCCGAACUUUCUAUGAUGCUUACAUUUCUUAUGACACCAAAGAUGUGUCUGUUACUGACUGGGUAAUCAAUGAGCUUCGUUAUCAUCUUGAAGAGAGUGAAGACAAAAACGUCCUCCUUUGCUUAGAGGAGAGGGAUUGGGAUCCAGGAUUAGCCAUUAUCGAUAACCUCAUGCAGAGCAUAAACCAGAGCAAGAAAACGAUCUUUGUUUUAACCAAAAAAUAUGCCAAGAGCUGGAACUUUAAAACAGCUUUCUACUUGGCCUUGCAAAGACUGAUGGAUGAGAACAUGGAUGUGAUUAUCUUCAUUCUCCUAGAACCUGUGUUACAGUACUCACAGUACCUGAGGCUGCGGAGGAAAAUUUGUAAGAGCUCCAUUCUUCAGUGGCCUGACAACCCCAAAGCAGAAAACUUGUUUUGGCAAAGUCUAAAAAAUGUAGUCUUGACUGAAAAUGAUUCGCGGUAUAACAAUUUGUACAUUGAUUCCAUUAGGCAAUACUAA